UCUAUCUGCUCUACUGCCUGAACCCUCGGCACCGGGGUCGCGUCUACGUGGGGUUCACCGUCAACCCUACUCGUAGGGUCCAGCAGCACAACGGGGGCCGCAAGAAAGGAGGGGCCUGGCGGACCAGCGGGCGCGGGCCCUGGUAAGAGGGAGUGGAUUGCUGUCUGGAGCAGGGCUUCCAGGGAGAGGCGAGGCUCUGAGGAGAGGCCUGCCGAGAGGGGCGGGGCCAAGCCAGUGACAGUGGGCGGAGCCGGUGCGGUGGCUGAGAGCAGGGCCGGGAUGCGAGUUCCUGGUGCAAUGCCACCAAGGGUGGAGGAGCACGGUGGGGAGGCGGAGCCCUGUGAAACUCGGCUGUGGGACUAAGAGGCAGGGAUUGAGUGAGAAGAGGACUGAGGAUCUAGGGUUGGUCCGGUGACAGCGGCUGAUGAACAAGGCUGGGGUUGUAUCAGAGAGAGUCUGCAAGGGAGAGGACAGAGGGAGGGCAGGAGGCGGGGCCUGUGCUGGAGGCGGGGCCAGAGGUUGGCAGGUGUGAGAGGAUGCACCUUCGCGAAGGGGGCGGGGCCUCGCGGACUAGGUUUGAAGCCUGGCAUGAGGACUUCACUCUCAGGGCGAUGGUGCUUAUCGUGCACGGCUUCCCUUCCGCCGUGGCCGCCCUUAGGUUCGAGUGGGCCUGGCAGCACCCGCAAGCCUCACGCCGCCUGGCUCACGUGGGCCCGCGCCUGCGCAGCGAGGCCGCCUUCGCUUUCCACCUGCGCGUGCUGGCGCACAUGCUGCGCGUGCCGCCUUGGGUGCGCCUCCCGCUCACCGUGUGCUGGCUGCGCGCCGACUUCCGAUGUGACCUCUGCCCACCGCCACCGCCGCACAUGCCGCUGACCUUUGGGCCUCCGCCGCCCCGCGCCGCGGCCCCGAAGCGCCGUGCCGGACCCUUAGCUGACCUGGAGUCCGAGCCUGACCAAGAUGCCGAGGCCUGCUGCGCCCUGUGCGCGCGCUCCUUCCAGGUGAGCGGCUCCACCUGGCCUUCAGGGUUCAGACGACUUGGGAUCCAGCUGUUUAUUGAGGGACCGGGCAGCCCACUAACACCUUUUGCCCUCGUUUCUCAAAUGGGGAUGAGCCUACUCGCUGCCAUUCCUCAGAAUCAGUACCCUCCUGCUCAGGGCCUGUGCCUUUCCCCUUUGACUGUAAGGCUCUUCCCUAGACUUUCGGUCUUUAUAAAGUGCCACCUUCCCCUUCUCCAUGAAGUCUUCCUCGGCUCUCCAUCUAAAACUGCAAUUCUUUCUUGUACACUUCCUUGCCUUUUUUUUUUUUUUUUUUAACCUAAACACUUAUUGUUUAACAUGCUAGGUGUUUUAUUCAUCUUGUCAGUUUCUCCCACCGCCCAUACAAGGCCAGGUCUUGUUCACUGCUGUAGAAAAGGGUCCGGGAAAACAGACAAUACAUAUUUAACAGAUUAACUGAAAGGAUGGGCCUGACUUCUUCGGAGCUCUCAGGAAAUGUAAAUUGAGUACCUGCCAUUCAGAGAUUAAGUGACCUACCUGAGGUCGGUUAGCUGGAAGAACUAUAGAUGUGGCUGCAGUGGCCGUGCUGUUUAUAUAAUCACUGCCCAUGGGGCGGCCGGGUGGCUCAGUUGGUCAGGCGUCCGACUUCAGCUCAGGUCAUGAUCUCGCGGUUUGUGAGUUCCAGCCCGGCGUUGGGCUCUGUGCUGAUAGCUCGGAGCCUGGAGCCUGCUUCGGAUUCUGUGUCUCUCCGUCUGUCAGCCCCUCCCCUGCUCAUGCUCUGUGUCUGUCUCUCAAUAAUAAACGUUAAAAAAAUUUUAAAAAUAUAUAAUCACUGCUCAUGCUGAGAGGAAACUGAUUAGCUUGGCCUCUGUGGGCAAGUGCUGUAACCUCUCCGUGCUUCAGUUUCAUCUAUAAAAUGCAAAUAGCAGUAGUAUGUGCCUCACAGGAUUGUUUAAUGCAAAGCCCCUGGAACAGUAUCUGGUCCAUAGAAAUUCUGAGUGUUUAGCUACAUCAUUCCUCCCGCUUUUCUCUCUUACCUGCCUACCACC